AGACAACUAAAAAUCCAGAACAGCAAUGGAGAACUCUCACACUCAAACUACAUCUCUUCAUCACUGUCAUGUUCAUAAACUAAAGGCAGUUCUCUAUCUAUCACAUUCCCUUUCACAUUUCCUGGCCUUAGUUACCAUUUUCUACUACAGAGCAAUCUUUUUCCUUGACAAAGCUGGUUUUAAAUUGAUUCCUUUCUUACUGUGGCUUGUACUAUUUGCUGCCGAGCUUCUCUUUUCAUUUAUUUGGUUCCUCAAGCAGCCAUUCUACUGGUGGCCCGUUACUCGGACCAUCUUCACAGAGAGGCUGCCUAAGGAUGAAAAGUUACCUGGAAUCGAUGUUUUUAUAUGUACAACUGAUCCUAAGAAGGAGCCGACCUUUGAGGUCAUGAAUACUGUUAUUUCUGCCAUGUCUUUGGAUUAUCCUGCUGAGAAAUUAAGUGUUUAUUUGUCUGAUGAUGGGGGUGACUCUGUGACAUUGAAUGGUAUAAAAGAGGCUUGGGUAUUUGCAAUAUGGUGGUUGCCUUUCUGUAGGAGGUAUAAUGUUAAAACAAUAUGUCCUCGGGCUUAUUUUGAGAAGCCGGAGGAGGCAAGUCAGAGCUGGGAGUUCGUUGAAGAUAGAAACACACUUCAGGUUUGGCUUAUAAAUAUACACUUCUCUCCUGACAAUUUACAAAUACCCCAUCCUCUCUGUUUCUUUAAUAGUACAUCUCAACUCUCAAGCUAA